AUGCCCGUAGGACGGGUUGUGACCACCCGUGCAAGCUCGCGGAGAACGGAAGGUGCCAAGGGAGUGGCGCCUGUGCGCAGUAGCCGUCAUGCGGUGCCGCAGGUGGUUCACACGGCACCACUGCUCACGCUUGCUGACUAUCGCAGGCGGCGGCUGAGCCAGUUUGUUGCUGGGGAAGCGCUGUUCCCGCUGCCACAGACCUCGCUGGACUCGCUGGCGGCUGGUGAGGAGCUGGCAAGCCGAAUGGAGGCGUUCCGGGCAGAGUUGGAUGGCCACAGAGAGGCCCUGGUUGGGGCGUCCGAGGCCCAGAAGCAGCACAGGCGCAUCGUCGAAGGAGCCCGCCGCAGGGCAAAGGCCCGCCUCCGGGCAGAGGCCACCAUGGACAUGCUGGCUCGCCGGAGCCAUCGCGACGCCGUUCUUGCUGCAACCUCACUUUCGGGGUCGGCGCUGGGUGUGGAGCCACAGGGCGAGGGUGAGGGCGAGGGCGCUGCUGCCGAGGCCAGCGUGGCCGAGGCCAGCGGCGCGAGCGCUGAUAUGUCGGGCGCGCGUGCGUCGCAGCUGGACGAGGAGGCCGAGACGCUGCGGGCGGCUCGCGAGCAGCUGGCGGCGGCGCAGCAGCGACUGGUGGCGCUAAAGGACGCGCAGGACGAAGAGUAUCUGGCGAGGCAGGCGCUGCUCGAGGCGCACGCCAACCUCAUUCAAGACGAAAAGGUCUCGUUGGAGAUGCGGCGGUCGGAACUCGACGAGGCUGCAGCGCGGCUGUCGCUGGCGCGGCGCGAGCUGGACGAGGAGCGGUCACGGUUGGCUGAUCUACGGCAAGUGCAGGCGGCAUCGCCGCUGGCAGCAUCGCCGCUGGCAGCGUCGCCGAUGCGGUCGCGGCUGCGGUACGACAACGACAUUUAUCCGUCGCCGGUCAGCGCGAGCCCGGGCUCGCCGAGUAGCGGCGGCGUUGGCGGCUCGCCGCCUCUCUCGCUUGGCUCGCUGGGUGCAUCACUGCCUGCAGUUUCGCUGCCGCCGCCGCCGUCAACCGCGCCACCGCAUGGUGGCUAUGUGCCGCCGUACACGGCCCAGGGCACGGUGCCGCUGUACAUUUACGAGCAGCAGCUUGCGGAGCAAAAGCUGCGGCUUGCGCAGCUGCAGGAGGAGACGAUGCUUAUUGCAAACGACGCAUGAGGCACAGGUGCGUUCACAGGUAGUUACCGGACGCCUCGCGGCGCUUGAACGUCGAGUACGAGGUCGACGAGUCCGAAGCCGAGAUGGACGACGAGGUCGAGAUCGAGGUACUGGAGAGCCCGAGCGGAAUAGGCUUGUCCCACGAGGUGCCGAGCCGGGAGCGGACCUCGUCAAAGUACGGGUGGCGCAUGGCCUCGGCGGCUGUCAGGCGGUUGGUGUGGUCGUAAACGAGGACGCGGUCGA